AUGGCCGUGCCCCCCCUCAACCGCCAUGUUGACCCCCUGCCCUGUCCCCAGGCUCCCGGGGGAGAGGGGGCCACAUCCAGCCCUGAGAGGCACUUAACCUCCCUGGCUGCGGGUCACCCCACGGGGAAGGGGCAGCUCCGGUGUCCCCCCCCAUGCCGGGGGAUGCUGCAGGCAGCAGUGCAGAGGAGGGGGAGCUCGACGCCGCCAUCCCCUUCCCCAGGCGUCAACAUGAUGCUGAGGAAGAUCGCGGUAGCGGCGGCCUCGAAGCCGGCGGUGGAGAUCAAGCAGGACGGGGAGACCUUCUACAUCAAGACCUCGACCACCGUCCGGACCACCGAGAUCAGUUUCAGGAUCGGGGAGGAGUUCGAGGAGCAGACGGUGGACGGGCGGCCCUGCAAGAGCUUGGCCAGGUGGGAGAGUGAGAACAAGAACAAGAUGGUGUGUGAGCAGCGGCUGCUGAAGGGCGAAGGACCCAAGACGGGCUGGUCCAGGGAGAUGACCAACGAUGGGGAGCUCAUCCUGACCAUGACAGCCGAUGACGUCGUCUGCACCAGGGUCUACGUCCGGGAGUGA